AUGUCUACCAGCUCGCCCAGUCCAGAUGCAGAUGUAGCCCUCUACCUACAUGCCGAGUUGCUCCCCAACAUUCGCCAGAUCACCCUUUACAUUUCGCUACAACCUAAUCCAGCCCUGAAUGCAAUCCAUCCAAAGAUUCAUAUCUCGAAUUCAUGCAAAUCGAUUACAGUAUCGCUACCAGAACCGUUCCAUUAUGUAACCGAGACUAUUGAACUGCCAGCUCGUGUGAGCGACACCACUCGGCUGGCAUUAAGCACCAACUUCGCACGAAAUACACCACCGAAUUUGACAGGCGUGAGCUAUGAGCAUUCUUUCAGGAUGCAGAUUGACCCAACCGACCCUGUACUUACCCCGAAGGACACAAUAAUGGAUGAUUAUGUACCUUGGACGGCAGCGGACAUGUCUCCUCUGACUCGUAUACGGUGUCGCACCUGUGAAGCGCCAUUCCUUUCUACCCCGAGUGCCCGAAAUGACGAACACGGAGAGCAGGAUGAUUCACCGGGGUGGGAAUGGAAAGAUCUACCCAGCGGAAAUUGGGCCGAGAUGAUGGAUUUCUGGCAUUGCCACAAACCAGAUCCCCAGGAAGAUAAACCGAUGUCAGAAGUCACGGCUGUACGUAGCUCGGAGGAUAAAACUGCUCAGCUUAAGGGGUACGGUGCUACUAGCCGCAUUGAAGCAACACCGGGCAUCGUUUUCAUCGACGUGGCAACAUUUCUACUCGCACAGUCGGACUGUGUUGGACUACAAAAGACAAUCGAAGAAGGACAAGAAGAAUCAGAGCUACCCCGAACGCUUGAAUGUGCCAACUGCAAAACCAUAACUGGUCUAGAAGAUCCGUCCAUCGGUGGCUGGCGCUGUUGGAAAUCGAAUGUAUCUUUGAAUACCAAUGGCUCAGCUGCGAUUCAAUGGCAGAGCCAUUCCGAUGAACUCAUCAUCGCAGCUCAGUUGCUUGAAUUGAUAGAACGAGAAAGCACAAGGCGCUUUUUGGUUCACAAUAAACGCAAGAAUGGACUUUUGCUAUGGGUAUUCAAUCCUGAUCUUCGUUAUUCUACCUCAAGUAAAGGUAGAAGCAUCAAUUCUCAGCAAGCUAUGAAGGUGUUCUUUCAGACAACAGAGGACGUCGAUUCUAUUCUCAGUCGUGAUACCGAUCUUUCAUCUCCCUUGUCCAUGGAGGAAUUGGAGCUUCCUUCUAUAGUUCUCCAAACGCUGACCCGUGCAUUAUUGAAAAGUCAUUACAUGCUGCCACUUUCGGCAAGGAGCUUUAAUGAAUGGAAGAUUGGCCUAUUAAAUCGCUACAGUCGAGACGACAGCAGCUCAGUGUGA